AUGUCCACCGCCGUCCAGACAGAGACAGCCACCGUCCCCGCCAGCCUCCAGCUCGCUGAUGUUAGUCUCGACACAUACGAUGAGGAGCAGGUCAGGCUCAUGGAAGAGAGGUGUAUUCUCGUCACCCCAGACGAUGUCGUCUAUGGCGACUCGAGCAAGAAAGUCUGCCACCUUAUGACCAACAUCAACAAGGGUCUUCUCCACCGUGCAUUUUCAGUCUUCCUCUUCCGGCCUUCCGAUGGACGACUGUUGCUCCAGAAGCGUGCAGACGAAAAGAUCACUUUCCCCAGCAUGUGGACCAACACGUGUUGCUCUCACCCCCUCAGCAUCAAGUCGGAGCUCAUUGAGGAGGACCAAGCGGGCGCCAAGAAUGCUGCUAUCAGAAAACUUCCCCAGGAGCUCGGCAUCCCCGAAAGUCAAUUGAAGUAUGAAGAUUUCGUCUUCCUCACCCGGAUACAUUACUUGGCUCCCAGUGAUGGAAUCUGGGGCGAGCACGAGAUUGACUACAUUCUCUUCUCCACCAUCAACGUUGACCACGAGGCCAACCCUAACGAAGUCAGCGAUGCUCGCUACGUCUCUAAAUCCGAGCUGGAAGACAUGUUUGCCGACCCUUCCAACUCCUUCACUCCCUGGUUCCGACUCAUCGCCCGAGAUCUGCUCUUCCCUUGGUGGGACGAGAUGUUUGCCAAGUCCAAGGCGGCUGGCUGGGAUGCUGAGAAGGGUGUUGGAGAGGUCAGGGCUGACCACUUGGCCAAUGGGCCCCAGGUCAACGAGCUCAUCAGGAUGCUCUAA